UAUGUUUGCAUGCGGCACUUUGACAACAAAACCACAGUCCACUUGAACAGAGCAUCCUGUUGUUGUCUGACAUGCCCCAGGUAAACUGGCGUGAUGAGAGUCCUGUGUUUAAUGCUGCUUUUUCAGAGUAGUGUCCAGCUCCACUGUGACAGAGCUGAGGAGAAAAGCACCGUUGCAGGAACUCUCACAGUCGUCUGUCAUUACAAGACCAACGGAUACCUGUAUAACAAGAAGUACUGGUGCCAUGGAGAAUCACGCAACUGGUGUGAGAUUCUGGCAGACAGCGACAACUUUGUGAAAUGGGAAUAUCGAGGGAGGAUCUUUUUACAAGAUAGACAAGGAGUCUUGCUGAUCAGAAUGACACAGCUCCGUUUGGAUGAUACAGGAGUAUACUGGGUGGGGAUUGACAGACCUUAUACUGAUAUUAUGUGGAAGAUCACCAUCAAAGUGACAGAAGUUCCAGUGUCUCGACCUAACCUGGUAUUCCUGGGCCCUGCUGAGGUGUCUUGCUCAGGACAGCCCCUGAUAGUGCGCUGCAAUAGUGUGCAAGGGACAGGUGUGAAGUACACUUGGUACAAGAGUGUCCAGCCAGCUGAUGUCCCAGUGCAGUUCUCCACUGACCUGACCUUGUGCUGCACCACUCUGGCCGAGAGUCAGCUCUAUUACUGCACAGCCAGCAAUAGUGUGAACCAGGAGCACAGUGACCUUGUGAGAGCAGAACUUCUAAAGCCAGCUGAGGAACAGUGUGCCUAUCAUGUCACUAUUGGCAGCGAUCAUUCUUAUGAGUGCUGGGAUGAAGAGUUAAUGAGCACAGCUACAGCUCUGAUAUCCACUGAAUUCACAGAUGGCUAUCUGCCUUCCUCAGUAGUUAGGGAGGCCAGUGAGUUCAAUGUCUCUGUCAGGUGCAGCUGGACAGUGAAGUCUUUGUCAUAUGAAGUGUGUCGCUGGCUGCUGUUUGUGGCUCUUCUGGUGUCUUUUAUACUUCUGCGCAGAUAUUUCAAGAAUAAAGGGCACAGAAAACACUAUAGUACAUAUCUGGAAAAGAAACUGCACAGAAACUGCAGAGGACUGAAGGAACUCAACAGCAAGGAGAUCAUUUCUUCGCUUUCAGCCCAGCACCUCUGAUUCAGUCUUCUGCUGAGCUACAGCAUGCUGAACUUCACACAAGAGUUACUGCCUUCAUGGGAGAACUGCAGUCAGUGGACAGGUUUCAGACCAUGCCAUUCAUGGGAGGAAUGAAAGUGUUGUGCAGUAUAAACUGUGAUGCCAGACAAUUCCGGUUUACUCAGGGACACUAUAACAUGUGAGAAAAAUACGUUGGUCUUCAGAUAUGAAUACAGCUCAUUCCUAAUCCUAUCAAAUAGAUGCCUUUUAAAGGAAUAUAUACUUUUAAACACUUGUGUACCAACUAUUUUCUUGUGGUAAACCUGGAAUUAUUUGUACCAAUGAAAGUCCAUGAAUGAGUUGCUUGUAGUAAUGUCAACAAUAGUUAUCACUAUUGAUUUGUAUGGGAAAUGUCAGUCUGAAUAGAUUGGUAUUGCUGUACUUAAAAUGUCCACUAGAUGGGGACAGAUCUUGGAGUCCCUCACUUGUCAUAUCGCUCUCACUCUUAAAUUGUUUGCUGCUAUUUCUGGAUUCAGGUACUGGUAACAUGAACUGUCCCUCACGAAGAAAUAUAAAUAACUUCACUAAGCGCUUCUAUAUUGCAUUGCACCCAGCCAUGAAUAAUAGAACAGGGAUCAGACAGGCAGGCUAUUAAUAUGCUCCUAAUCUCCACCUGCAGUCAGCUCGGAUUUCUGUUUUUGAGCAUCUGGUGACCUGAAGGGAGAGGGGGUUUCAGGAAGGUGCCAUUAAAUUAAGUAAACUCACUCCAUUAUAGUUAAAGGGGAGGUGAAAGUGGCGAUGAUGAUAGUCUGUUUCACCUGAACCUUUUUCUAAAUGUUCCGUUGUUGAUAUUGCGGCAGCGCUAAGACAGAUGGGGCAAAUGCUUAAGAAAAUAUGAAAAUAGCAAAUAUUUUCUUCUUGUGUUUUACGUACACUUUGAAACUCAACCUAAAAAUGUUCAACGUUUUUCAAAAGUGGUCAGAUUUUAUUUAAUUUUCUGAUACAGAGAGGAGCAAUUGUGGGGCAUAUCUGACUGAUAACCAGAAACGGUAAUUUCAGCACCACUGCGGUCAUGUAUUGUACCUCCAGGUGGAGCUCAAACCCCACGUUAGAAAGCAACGUCAGGCAAUGGUGCCUGAUAAAUGCUCACAAGGGCAGGCAUGAUCGCGCCUUGGUUAGCACUGUAGUCCUACAGUAUGGCUUCUGCAUUCUAGGUUGGAUUGUAGCCUUUGGUGCCUAUUUGUGUGGAGCUCACUAGGUGAAUUUUCACCAUCUGUUCGAGUUUACUUCUGCUUUCCAAAUGCAUGCAGGUUAGGUUUGAUUUGCAGCUAUAUACAGUAACAAUCUACCCAAGAUUUCAGUCUGGCAGAUUUGCUAAUUGAACAUGCUGUGGCAUACUACAGCCCUGACACACAUGCCACAUGUGUAAGGAGGUUUUCUUCAUCCAGUUUUAGAGCACAGGGCUGAAGAAGGGGGAUUGUGAAUUCAUUUGAAAGAUUAUUCAGAACACAGACAUGUGAUGCAGUACGAGAUGUAAUAAUACAGUGAGCUUACACAGCUGUUCUAAUGAUCAUAUGCAGUUGUCUGCUCUGCAUAAGAACCUAAAAUAGUUACCAGUGAGAUGAGGCUGUUUGACCCAUCUUGUCCAUUUGGUAGUAAGUAGUUAAUGGAUCCAUUUCAUGAAAUAAUUCAGGGCAUCAGGUUCAGUAACAUGACAGGGCAGUUUGUUCCAUAACACCACAACCUUUUGAGUUAAAAAAAGUGCCUAUGGUUGUUUGUUUUAAAUGCAUUCCCAUGUACAGUAGUGUCAACUUCUGUCUAAUGGUUUGUGAUUUGUCUGUUCCCUUGAGGAUUUUGAAUACUUAUCUUAGAAAUAAUUAUCUUUUGAAUGCUUAUUUUCCAUUGUUGUCACUGCAGCAAUGUCAAUUGCCUUGUAAUCUCGUUUCUGUGCAAGACUAAAAUGAUUUAGUUCCUUCUGCCUGUCGGGGCAGGAUGUAAGGAUCAACUUUAAGUUGGUAGGUAAAACCCGGGGUCGUGGCCACAGAUACCUACUCCAGUGUUUCAAAAUUGGCAUGAAGGCCAGGAACCCUCACGAUGAAGGAGAUGUUUAUGAGGUCUAUUAGAGUGGUGUUAAAAUAAGCACUGGGGGAAAUGGUUUAAUUCUGUUUAGUAGUGUUGACAGUCAACAUUAACAGCACAGCUCAUAUGCAAGACCAUGCCCCUUCCUUCAAAUAGAAAGUGUAGUUGUCUGCAUCAAAGGUGCUUGAGGGUUCAGCACCGGUCCCAGGCAUUUUUAAUUGGGCCAGUGAUGCUUCUGCCUUUAUUUUUCCGGUUGAAGGCUGUGCACGUGGUUGUGCUGGGAGUUGGAUGAGGUGCUGCAGUGGUGUGUCUGAGCUGCACAGGGACUCCCUGGGAUCUUGUGCCAGGGUGCCCAGUGGGAGGCAUGGUGAAGUGUGAAAUUGUACCAGCUCAUCAAAACAAACCCGCCCAAGAACAAAGGAGUCAUGACAACGAGACCCAUCCUCUGGUGCAGAAAGACGUCCCUGGAGGACCAAAGCAUCAAUAAUUUCUCCCGCUAAAGCAUUCAUAGCAAACAUGGCUAGCACUUGAUAGGUCUAGUCCCACCAGACACACCUGCCGAAGGCUCCACAGCUGAAAUGUAGUGUUCCUUUUCUUUACCUUUCAGCAUAGUAUGAACCUUUACCUGUUCCUUUUCACACUGAAGCUGUGCCACAUACUCCCACAAUGGCUCCAGGUUGGCAUUAUUGUCAGCGGCUCAGCUGACCAGCUCCUGGUUGUUUUGCCAAGUGUGCUUUUCAGAUCCUUCGUGCAAAUUUUAUACCUUUUCCAGAUUCCAGAAUUCCAGAAAAUUCCAGAAAACAAACAAAAGAAUUGGUUAAACAUUGUUUUAACAAAAAUGAGCCUUUAAAAUUUAAUGAUGUGGAAACAUACUGCCAGGUAUUGUUCAUUUCUUUCAAAUGAUACAGUAAUCCAGGAACCCGGACCUGGGACCUGCAUUUGUUGAAUACUGGUCAGGCCUUGAGCCGUGUUGUUAUAUCAUUUGUAUCAAUUCCUUUUCACAUUCUGACCCAUCUGGACUUGAGCAUGGUGAGGAGAAAAUUAGAUGUUUUAUUUCCGUGAUCAGUUUUUUGUUUAUAUGAAUUGAAAGGAAGCAGCAUUUUAAGAACAGUAGAAAUGUAAAUAAUGGAAAAAAGGCUAUUUGGCCCCAUACGGUGCCUUCAGAAAAUAUUCACCCCCCUUUUCACAUUUUGUUCCUGUUUCACUUCCAUUUUAACACAUUGAAAUAUGUUUUUCUCCC